UUUCGUCGUGCAUUCACUAAACCGAAAAAAGGAAGUAAAAAGCAGUCAUCUUGCGAAAAAAGAGUUUUCUGUCGGGGAUCUUUGGCACAAUGGACACAUUAAGUGGAAAAUUGUUGGCUGAAAAAGUUCUAGUUUCAAAAUCUGGUCGGGAAAGUAAACCUAAGAAUAAGAAAAUAAAAAAAAGUAAAAAAUCUUCUAAAGAUAAAACGUCAAAAAAACGUAAUUCUAAGAAGAAAAAACGUAAACGUCAGAUUUCAAGCUCUUCCAGUUCGUCCGAUUCUUCUGCCAUAUCUAGUAGCAGUUCAGAAUCAAGUGGAGAUGAAAAAGCAAAAAAACGGAAGAAAAAAAGUAAGAAGACUAAAGCAAAAAGGCAGAGAGCCAAGUUAGAAGCUAGCAAUUCAAAAGCCAUCAUUGAGAAAACACCAGUGAUCAUAGCUACCCAAGUAGUUAAAUUAGUGAUUCCAGAGGCAGAUGUUGGGCCACACAUUGACCUAAAAUCGUCAAAGAUUAGAGCUCCCAUGACAAAAGAAGAAUAUGAAAAACAACAAAGCACUUUAAAAUGGAUAACAGAUCCAGAAACUGGAACAAAAAGGCUUAUUCGUGGCAGUGGAGAGAUUGUGGAAGAAAUGGUCAGCAAAGAGAGGCCGCAAACGAUGAAACCAACCCCUAGUACACUGUUUGCUGCAGAUGGUAACUAUUUCCAGCCUCAGAGUACUAUGAAAGCAAGAUCCAAUUACGAUUGAUAAUUAAAUUUCAAUUUUACAUCGAAA